GCUGGGGAGCUGACACAGUUGACAACCUUUGGCCACGAGAAGAGGCCGGGUUUGAGUCUUGUGGCAAUGACUAGCAGGGUGGCCCCUCGCCCUUUAGUGAUUUUACUAUGGGGACAGGUGGGCACACUGGAAUCACAACCUUCCUGAGGUAACUUCUUUUUGUGUAGGAACAGGUUGCUGAUUAGGGGGAGACUGAGCAAAGCAAAUCCAAAGGAAUUACUUCAGAAAUGCAUCAAAGAAAGGUGGAAAUGCAAUACAGCUGUAAAUGGAAGAAAGAAAAAGUACGAGAACGGUCCACUGGAAGGGCAUGAAACAGCCCAUCAGAACUGCAUGUACUGAAAGGAUGACAAUGGAUUCUGGAGAAAAUGUAAGUUAAAUAUUUAUCUCCCCUCUCGUCAGAUCUCAAGAGACAUUUUACUCAUUUCCUAGUUUUGAAUAAUGGGCUCUUGGAAGCACUGUCUUUUUAGUGUGUCUCUCGUCACGGCCCUGAUUUUCAUAUUUGUUUACAAUAACAAGCUAUGGGAGAAGAAACGUCUUCUGAGGGCGUCUCUUACCAAUGCUUCGCUCUUAGCAGAAACCUGUCAUCAGAUUCUUAAGGGGAAGGUUUUUUACUUAACAGAGAAUGCGUUGAAAACUACCCUCAGUGGAUCUGCCUGUUAUGAAUACAUGGUUCAGAGUCACUAUAUAACAGAAACGCUCUCUGAAGAAGAGGCUGGGUUCCCUUUGGCUUACUCAAUGACCAUCCACAAAGAAUUUGGAACUUUCGAGAGACUCUUCAGAGCUGUUUACAUGCCCCAAAAUGUCUACUGCGUCCAUGUGGACGAAAAGGCAGCAGCUGAAUUUAAAGAUGCGGUGGAGCGAUUGCUGAGCUGCUUCCCGAAUGCCUUUCUGGCCUCCAAGAGGGAGCCGGUUGUCUAUGGUGGGAUCUCCAGGCUCCAGGCGGACCUGAACUGCCUGCGAGACCUGGUGGCCUCCGAGGUCCCGUGGAAGUACGCCAUCAACACCUGUGGGCAAGACUUCCCCCUGAAAACCAACAAGGAAAUAGUUCAGUAUCUGAAAGGCUUCAAAGGGAAAAACAUUACCCCGGGGGUGCUGCCUCCAGAUCAUGCUAUUGGACGGACUAAAUACGUCCACCAAGAAAUAUUGGACACAAAAAAUUCCUAUGUGCAUAAAACAGAAAAAUUGAAAACUUCCCCUCCUCACAACAUAACCAUUUACUUUGGCACUGCCUAUGUGGCCCUCACAAGGGAAUUCGCUAACUUCGUCCUCCAAGACCAGCAUGCACUUGACCUACUGUCCUGGUCCAAGGACACCUACAGUCCUGAUGAGCAUUUCUGGGUGACGCUCAAUAGGCUUCCUGGCAAAACACCUUUCCUGUGGCGAGACAAACUGAUGAUCUAUCAGAAGUCUUCUUGCAGAGAAUACCUGACCCAGAGCCACUACAUCACGGCCCCGUUAUCCAAAGAAGAGGCUGGGUUCCCUUUGGCAUACAUAAUGGUCAUCCAUCACAAUUUUGAUACCUUUGUAAGGCUCUUCAGAGCUGUUUACAUGCCCCAAAAUGUCUACUGCGUCCAUGUGGACGAAAAGGCAGCAGCUGAAUUUAAAGAUGCGGUGGAGCGAUUGCUGAGCUGCUUCCCGAAUGCCUUUCUGGCCUCCAAGAUGGAGCCGGUUGUCUAUGGUGGGAUCUCCAGGCUCCAGGCGGACCUGAACUGCAUCAAAGACCUGGUGGCCUCCGAGGUCCCGUGGAAGUACGCCAUCAACACCUGUGGGCAAGACUUCCCCCUGAAAACCAACAAGGAAAUAGUUCAGUAUCUGAAAGGAUUUAAAGGGAAAAACAUUACCCCGGGGGUGCUGCCUCCGGCUCAUGCUAUUGGACGGACUAAAUAUGUCCACCGAGAGCAUCUGGGCAAAGAGCUUUCCUAUGUGAUAAGAACCGCAGCUCUGAAGCCGCCCCCUCCCCAUAACCUCACCAUUUACUUCGGCUCUGCCUAUGUUGCUCUGUCAAGAGAAUUUUCCAACUUUGUUCUCCGUGACCCACGGGCUGUUGAUCUGCUCCAGUGGUCCAAGGACACUUUCAGUCCUGAUGAGCAUUUCUGGGUGACGCUCAAUAGGAUUCCAGGUAUGUGAGCUCCGUAUUUGGCAUGAUGGUGAUGCCACCCUUGAAAGGGCUUCUCGAGAGCCGGUUCUUUUCAUUUGAGUAGAAGAUGAAAACUAAAACACACAGUUCUCACCCUAACCAUUUCUAAAAGCAGAAUGAUGUUUUUUUAUGUGAUAAUACAAUAUUGUAGCACAGCCAAAUAAUACUUUUCAAUGGUGUUGCUUUGCAGUUCAUCAUGUUCUCUUGCAAUUAUCAUCCUACGAAGUCUUUACCACAAUAGAUAUUGUUGUUCUCAAUCCCCACUAGAGUUCUUUCUCCCAAAUUUGUCAAACUUGCUCUAAUCUCAGGGCCUUUUUCUCGCCCAUUCUCCUGCCUACCCCUCCACAGGCACAGGCUCCUUCUUGUCAGCCAGAUGUCCUCUGAGCUGACCACCCCACCCUGUCUUUCCUUCAAAGAGUUUAUCACCCUCUGGAGUUGUCAUAUUUACUUAU